AUUAUUACAUAUAAUGUCUAUUCUGUGUGAGUGAUAUGCGAGAGUAGUUUGGUCACUGGUUUUACCUGUCAAUUUUCAAAACACAUUUCUUCGGCAAAAAUAUCUUCAGAACGCCCGUGAUUUAAUGAACACAGCGAUCACGAAGUGAGCGGGUAGUUAAUUAUUGAAAGAAUUCGCGUCCAAGAAAUAUUCCAAAGUCGCAAAGAAUCUGUCGCAAGUCUUACUGAAAUUUAGAACAUAGCUGUUGGCAAAGUUCUUCGCACAAAAUAUCAACUGGGAAACUCUGUGAACAAGCAUCAAAAUGCCGGAUCUUAAUAUUGUAAAAUUGGCUGUUAAACCGCCCGAGAAAUACCCUCAUUUGAUGUCGUCUUUGUUACAUUUUAAUCAGACUUACCAACUUCAGGAUAUAAUUAACGAACUAUGCGAAGGUUGGAACAUCCCUGACCCAGAUCAGCUUGCAUUGCAGUAUGAGAACACUAAUACUUAUAUUAAUGAACAGAAUCGCAAUGAGUUAACGAAUGGUGCCGUCUUGGUGCUGGUAACCUCCCCUGCAAAACUUGCAAAAACUUUGUAUGAUGAUGUAAAGUCGGCUGACAGCGAACUCCAGAAACAUGCUUUAGCAAGAUUGGCUGCAGUAUCGGAGGAUUCAUCGUUUGCGCUGGAAUUUAUCAAACUGGAGGGAUUAACAAUAUUGUUACAAAUGAUUGACACAGGAAUAGAUUCUAGUGAGUUAAGAGCGCAUGUCUUGACAUCCUUUCAAGAACUCAUGGAACACAACAUCGUUUCGUGGAAUUUCAUAUAUAACGCCUUCGUUAAAAAGUUAUGUAGCUUCGUAAAUACGACUGCCCUAACGGACCCCACCGUUCUCAAGCGAUCGCUAUCAAUAUUAGAGUCCAUUGUGCAAAACAGCCCUAACUUUUAUGCUAUCGUAUCUGCAGACGCUACAAUCGAAAGUUUAAAACAGCAUUUACAAAACGUCAACGAAGACGUGCGGAUAAACACAAUAUCGCUGAUAAACGCUUUGAUUAUGAAAACGCCAUCGACUCUCAGGGAUGAAUUAUCAAACGAAAUAAGGUCGAUUGGUGUACGAAAUGUGUUAUUGACAAACAUGAUACGAAACUCCCGAGGUGUUAGUGACGAUAUGGCUCAUCAACUCUACACAUAUCAACAAUUGACUCUGAACUUCCUGCAACAUAGAAUGAAUAUGGUGAUGAGAGAGGACGACCAGAGGGAAAAAGAGAAAAUCGAGACGCUUCGCAAGACAGUGUUUGAUUACAGUGCUAGUCACUCUGAUGUGCAAAUGAGAAUAUCCAACGACUACAAGAAACUUGGCUUCGAACAUUGUCAAAGAUUGUCAGAGAAUUUUCGUGAAACACCCCCCGGACUGUUAGCUUUGGAUUGUAUGAUGUUCUUUUGCAAAAAUUAUCCUGAUUCCUACGAGAAGGUCGUUAAAGGGAACCUGGGUCGAGGAGAUGGGCACGAAUGUCCUUUUGCGAAAUCAAGCAUUGCCCUAGUCAAGCUCUUGUGUGGACUUUUGAAUGUCGGUGAACAACCGGACGAGACGUCAAAUGCGUUUUAUCCGAUAUUUUUCUCUACGGAUGCCCCUUUUCAAGAGCUUUUUUGCAUUUGCAUUAUGUUAUUGGGCAAAACCUGGCGCGAAAUGAAAGCAAAACAAGAAGACUUUACACGGGUUAUGACCGUUGUUGAAAAACAGAUUAACGUGACGUUGAAAGAGAAGCACCCGACUUUUGAAAAUUUCAAAACGUACAUAAAUGGCCUGAAGGUGGAAACUAUUAUUGGCUCCAUGAUUCAAGGUAGCGGAACGAAUAUCAAUGUUCAAUCAAAACCGAUUGCGCAUCUGCGUAAAAAAAUUUUGCCGGAUUUGUUAGAACUGAUGAAAGACCAAAGAUUUAAUUUUCUCAUUGCCGGGACAAGAUUUGAAAAGCCAGGGAAGAGAAAAACAAAUAAAGAGAGCAAGUAUUGGUAUUGCAGACUGUCACAGAACAGAAGAUUUUUGCAUUAUGGAAAUUGCGACGAAACGUCAAAACCAAACGCUGAUCAACUACAGAAUAAAGUCGCGAUAGCUGAAAUAGACGAUUUACUAACGGGCACUGAUUGCCCUCACACGCAGGAAGCGAACAGACAAAAAAAGACCCAAGUCCAAUGGGCAUUCUCUCUCACGAUAAAAGAAAAAUCUCCAUUAAACUUUAUUGCUCCUGACCAAGACACGUUCGAUAAUUGGGUGGAUGGCUUAAGUAUUCUACUUGAAAAGAAAUUACGUUCGAAAACGUGGGAGGCCGACUUGGACAAACUCGUCAGUAUGGAAUUGAAAUUGCGUUUGCUUGAUUUGGAGAACAUCAAAAUUCCCGAAGAAGCCCCGCCAAUACCACCAGAUCCCUCGAAUUACGAAUUUCGAUAUAAUUUCAAUUAAUUUUCAUCAUGCACGGUAAAAACAUUGCAGGUGAAAAACUGCAUAUCAACCGCACUUUUAGAAGACAGUAUAUGGUUGUGCUGUGAUUAAAAAUCGCGUCGUUUUCCUACACAAUGGAAAUUGGGUGCACGAAAAACUGAUCAAGAACUGGAUUGAUUGCUUGGUUUUUGUCACGCAUAUUUUGAUCAUAUUAAGCGCAAAUAUUCGUUUUUUUACAAAGUGGUAAACAUUAACGCAUCACUAUUUAACUCUGGCACACGUUUGUCGCAAAAGGCGUGUAAAUCAGGCACGUAGCUAGAACGAUGAUUGGAGGGGGGGGGGCAUAUUCAUAAAUGCAUGACAUGCGUAUUAGUUUCUUUUGGAAUCCAUUGUUUUUACAGAUUAUAAAUUAAUAUCUCCCGCUCCCAAUUAUCGUUCUGGCUACGUGCCUGAUGUAAAUUGGCGAUUUUCGAGAAUGAAUGUAUCAGAUAUCCAAGUAACUAUAAAAUUUUCUUCAUACUUUGUAAACAUCCUCUUUAUCUAGGAACGUAUGGUUCAAAUUGAAGUUUCUGAUUGGUUUAUAUCAGGUUUAUACCAGUUUCUGUUCGGUUUAUAUCAGGUUUAUACCUGUUUCUGUUCGGUUUAUAUACGUUUUAUGGUAGUUUCUGUUUGGUUUAUAUUAGUAUUAGAAACUGACUUCGAUGGUAUUCUCACGUGUGUGAUAUUACAAAUAUCUGGGCACGCAUAGUUCAAAUAGAAAGGUUUUGGGGGUUAUAGACUCCUAGACAUCAGCUACUCGAUGGCAUUUUCAAGUGUGUAAAUAUCCCCCAUAUUUGGGAGCGUAUGGUGAAAAUAUAAAGUUUUGUUUGGGUUAUAAA